AAAUGGCAUGAGAGGUCCUAUAUAAGAAGCCCGUGGGGUCCGGCUGAGUGACUGCAGUUGCUCGAUCAGCUUCCUUUGGUUUUUCCCUAGCCUUCAGGAGAACUAAGCUAAAAAUGUCCUUCGCAGGUGUUCUCAAGGACGACGACAUUAAAGCUGCUCUGCAGGCAUGCCAAGCACCUGACUCUUUCAACUACAAGACCUUCUUCGCCAAGGUUGGUCUGACCGGAAGGUCUGCAGAAGACGUGAAGAAAGCCUUCGCUGUCCUGGAUCAGGACAAGAGCGGCUUCAUUGAGGAAGAUGAGCUGAAACUGUUCCUGCAGAACUUCCAGUCCGGUGCAAGAGCUCUGACCGACAAGGAGACCAAGGCUUUCAUGACCGCUGGGGAUUCUGAUGGUGACGGCAAAAUCGGAGUUGACGAGUUCGCUGCCCUCGUUAAGGCAUAAGUACCAGACCAAGUUCAACACCACUUCUCGCUUUCAAGGAACAAUGAACAACUCUGUCCAAGAUCUGCUUCUCGAAUCGGGAUUAUAAAUACCUUUUUAUACAUUUGCUUUAUAGAAUGCCUGCAGAGAGUUCUCCAUUCGAAACAUCUAUCAGUCGGAACCCAAAUGUAAAUGCUGCUUGGCUGUAAUUUAUGCCUGACAUACGAACUGUGCUAGAGUAAAAUCUUUCAUGCACUUUUUGGAAAGGAGGAGAAACAAAAUAAAUACAAUUUUGGCAUA